UCGUGUUCUGUUUUGGUAUCAUCUCGCAAUAAAGGAAAUCAAUUUUCAUAAUAUAUCCAUGAAUUUAAAAUUAUACAUUACGCGUUUUACAUAUGAAAAAUUGACGAAUUUUAAAUCUAAUCAGCAGUCAUGAAUACCACAGCCCCAACUUCGGCGGAUGCCUGCUUAAGUAUAGUUCAUUCGCUGAUGUGCCACAGGCAAGGGGGUGAAAGUGAGGGUUUCUCCAAAAGAGCUAUUGAGUCAUUAGUCAAGAAGUUAAAAGAAAAACGAGACGAAUUAGAUUCAUUGAUCACAGCAAUAACAACAAACGGUGCUCAUCCAAGUAAAUGCGUUACUAUUCAACGAACUUUGGAUGGUCGUUUACAGGUCGCUGGAAGAAAAGGUUUCCCUCAUGUGAUCUAUGCUCGUAUCUGGCGGUGGCCAGAUCUACAUAAGAAUGAGCUUAAACAUGUUAAGUUCUGUCAGUUUGCAUUUGACUUAAAAUGUGAUUCAGUUUGUGUUAAUCCUUAUCAUUAUGAAAGGGUUGUAUCUCCUGGAAUUGAUCUCUCAGGACUCACACUUCAGUCCGGACCUAGUCGAUUAGUCAAAGAUGAGUAUACUGCAGGUCUAAGCGGUAAUGGAAUGGACAUGGAUACUGGCGAGUUGGUGACCAUCCAGCAUCAUGCUACAAGCCCAAGACAUCAUCACUCUACCAUACCUCACCAUCAUCAGCAAUUUCAAACUACAAAUAUUAUUAUUAAUCAAGGCCAGACGCCCGAUGGCGUUGCGAAUAUGUUUUCUGCUACACACGGCUCGCGAACCCCAUUACGACCCGGAGCACCGUUGGCCCCACCUCAAAUGGUACAUUCACCUGGUAAUCAAAUGAUCACAAAUCAUUCUGGUGGCCAAAUGCCUGGUACUCCACAAAUGGGUCCGGGUACACCUCAAAUGGCGCCCGGUACCCCUCAAAUGGGGCCGGGAGCUCCUCAAAUGGGACCGGGAACUCCUCAAAUGGGUCCAGGAACUCCACAAAUGGGGACAAACGUACCACAGAUGGCUUCGCCGAGACUAGCAUCCGCGCCUAACCAGAUGUCCCCAGGAACCCCACAAAUGCCAAACAUAAGCCAGGGAAUGUCAAUACCAAGCCCUCAACAGAUGGCAAUGGCACAACAAAGAGCUAUAGCCCCUAAGUUGGAACCACCCGACACAAUGGACGCUCGCGCGAUGUGGCUGCCAAAGAGAAUGAAUCAUUCUGCCAUGCCAGUCAGUAUGUCACCGGGUGCUACGACACCAUUACUAGAUGGUUCAAACAACACAUUCUUCACUACAGAGCCGACAGCCACAGACACCCAAAUGACACAAACUCUACCAACGGGAACAGCAGCAGUGUCUGCAGUAUCGGCUGUACCAGUGACAUCAGUAUCAGCUAUGCCCACUGAGCCUCAGCAGAAUGGCUUUGCUGCUGGCAGUCCUGCUCCUCAGCAAAGUCCGGUCCCUCAUCGUACUCAGCACCAGCAAGGCACGUGGACGGGCAACAACACGCUGACGUACACGCAGAGCCUGGCGCCGCCGCCCGCCGCGCCGCCCGUGGACGCGCCCGCGCACCACCACCACUAUUACAAUGGAAACCCUAGUGGUCUUCUUUCAAGUCAGCCUGCCCCAGAGUAUUGGUGCUCGGUGGCUUACUUUGAGUUGGAUACUCAAGUCGGAGAAACAUUCAAAGUGCCCUCAAGUCGGCCUAAUGUCACUGUCGAUGGCUACGUGGAUCCCUCCGGCGGAAACAGAUUCUGCUUAGGUGCUCUUAGUAAUGUACACAGGACAGAGCAGAGUGAGCGUGCUAGACUGCACAUCGGCAAAGGCGUGCAGCUGGACCUGCGCGGCGAGGGCGACGUGUGGCUGCGCUGCCUGUCGGACCACUCGGUGUUCGUGCAGUCGUACUACCUGGACCGCGAGGCGGGCCGCGCGCCCGGAGACGCCGUGCACAAGAUCUACCCCUCCGCCUGCAUCAAGGUAUUCGACCUGCGGCAGUGCCACCGGCAGAUGCAGACGCAGGCGGCCACGGCGCAGGCGGCCGCCGCCGCGCAGGCCGCCGCCGUCGCCGGACACAUCCAGCCCGCGCACCCCGGCAUGAACAAGUGCUUGUCAGCGGCGGCUGGCAUAGGCGUUGAUGACCUGCGACGGCUCUGCAUCGUGCGGUUGUCGUUUGUCAAGGGCUGGGGACCGGACUACCCGCGCACCUCCAUCAAGGAGACGCCGUGCUGGGUCGAGGUGCAUCUGCAUAGAGCACUGCAACUGCUGGAUGAGGUGCUGCACACGAUGCCGAUCGACGGUCCGCGGUCGAACAUCGAGUAGGAGUUGAUCGGCUUCUUUUGAGGCCUUCGAGCGACUCCGCACAGCCUGGCGCCUUCGCCGGUACACUGCUCAAACUACCCUCUUUACCCCUCCACUUUGUAUACCUUAUCCCCUCUGAUCAUUUCGACGUAAUUAUGUUAUACAUGAUAUGGUAACAUCUUUUACCCUCCAGUAAAUAAGUUUAUAGUUUCUUUUUAACAUAGAAAUGCUGCAAGACAUUUAGUCACAUGUAUUUUCACGGCAUAUUUAAUGCAAGUCAGAAUACAUUAAUAUUGUAAUGUAAAAAGUUUUUAUUAAUCCAAAUUCGCUAUAUAAUUAAUUACCACAAAUACGAUUAUAAUAUUUUAUAUAGCAUAUUUUUGUAUGUCCCAAAUCCUUCCUUACCUAGUCUUUGUCCUCUUGAUGUAUCAAAGAACAGAAGCACACAAUGGAGAGUGCAUAAUGAACCUUAGUGCUAUGAUCUUAAAGAUGCUUUUCCCUCGAGCGGUGUCUCGAACGCAACCAGGCGAAAUGUGCAAGUUUGUUUAAUUAAGGAAAGUGUCAAGGAUUGAGUAUAGUGUUGAACGGUUCAUGGAGCUGGUGGAUUUAUAUUUAAUAUUGCCAUAUGAUUAGCAUUUAUAUAUUUGUUAAUUAUUUUUAUGUUGUAUUUUAAUAUAGAUACGUUUCGGCUAAAUCCGUCUUCCAAAAGAUUACAUUUUAUUUUUCUAUUUCGUCUUCCUUUGUCUAAAUUGUUAUCAUUAAAUGGUUUGGUUAUUAUUUUGUACGGUAAGGAUUGUUGAUUGGAAACAAACGUUGCACAUUGUAUGAAGGCGCAUUCGCUCGCGUUUAUAUAAAAAGGUGAACUAUUAAUUGAUGUCUUGUAUCUAUUUUACAACGUAGAUCAGAUUAGAAUAUUAAAUAGCACCAGUAUUGUUAUAAUACGGACUAAAGAAUAUAUAAAACUGAUCUCAAUAUAUUUUUCACAAAUCCUAAUUGAACUAUCGUUAAUAGUAAUUAAGUAAGAUAUUAGUUUUAUACAUUUAACAUAUAUAUGUUGUAAAGUUAUACGAAUUUUAGUAACAGCGAUACCAAAUUAAGGCAUUUUCUUUUUAUAUAACUUAGAAUAAAUAUAACAAGACAUAAUUAUGGUUCAACUUGAAAGAAGCCAAAUAGUAAUUAGCUUUCGAUAGACGUAAGCUAAAGUACCGCGGUUAAGUUUAUACAGUAAUUUAUGAUAUUUAGGUAUAGAUAUAUUUUUAAGUGAUAAUGGUAUACGCGGCGCGGGAAAGGCUGUAUUUUGUUAGCUGGAGGAACUGUACGCUGGGGUUGCAUGAAGCGUUACAAUUGUAUGAAGUGACUAAUAUAUUAAAGGACUUGCCAUAUACAAAAAAUAUAUAAAUUGAAUAAAAUUUGUGUUGUCAUAAAUGGUAAAUUAAAAUGAAUUAAAUAUUAUUACGGUAAAUAAUCGAUAACAGAUAAAAUAAAAUAUAAAGUAAUGAUACAAGCAACCUCAUCGUUAGUGGUGAUCUGUGAUGUUCUAACAAAAGGAAAAUAGGAUAGGUCGCGUAAUCAAUUCGAUGAAAUUAGAUAUUAAGGCAAAUGACAUAUUUUGUGUACGAGAGUUAAAUGUUUAAGGUUAUAAAUGUAUGUCGUGUUUUUGGAACUUUGAAAUAUUUGAGAUUUUUUUUGUUUCGUUUGCUAUAUGUAUAAUGUAGAUUUGCUUUAAUCCUUUAAAUACUUCUCAGUUUUAUAUGUGUUGCAUUGUAAUACUGUUAGUGAGGUGUUUCGAUUAUAUUUUUUUUUAUAUCGAUUAUUUUAUUUUAAAGAUUUGUAUCAUGUAGGUUUUACCUACUUUUAAGCUUUUUUUUAUGUUUUACUUUUGUCUCAUUUUAUAUAACAGAUAUUAUUUUUUUGUGUUUCGUAUAAUAUUGCACGAUUUCGCAUAUUGGAUGAAUAUCAUCACAAAUUAUAUUAUUUAUUGUUUAUUCAUUGUUCACAAUAUUAAUAUUGUUACCAAGAAAUUUGUAUGUGCAAGUGUGUAUAGUACUAAAAUAUGAUAUUUUUAAUAAUAUUGUGACGUGUGACGGUCGGCCGGCUGGAACGAACGGGGGCUGCGUAACGUUACUUAGAAAUUAUACCCGUUUAAAUUUUUCUCUUAAGGAGUUUUUCGCGAAGAGUAAAUAAAAAAUAAGUGACAAUCGAAAAUACCUCUGUAAAGUGAUCAAAAAAUAAAUAAAUAAAAGGAAUCAAAGGGUUUUUAGAUUUUAAUAAGUGGUAAGGUUUUAAUGAUGUUAAUGUUUUGAAUAAUAUUUGACAAAUUCUACAUAACACAGUUGGACUUACCGUUGAUCACACGUGUGUCGUCGAAUCGAUCGUUUCAUAAAAACCGUAAGCGAAUAACUUAGACGGCUUAACUUGUGAACCUGUACAAUAAGUUAAACCUUAGAACGUAUAAUGUUUUAUAAUUGAAAAGCUAUAUAAGGAAAUAAAAUGUUGGUAAGUUUUUUUUUUAAAUGGAAACACAUUCAAUGAGUGUUGACAGCUUUAAUAUUAUGUUCAAAUAUUAUUUACAAUCUAUCCAUAAAGUAUGCCAUAGACGGUUUUUGAUGUAUUUGUUUAUAAAUUUAUAACUGACCCGUGUUAGUGAAAUAUUGAAAUAUGAAUAGUUGAUAAAUACGAAAUACUCUCUGGGACCUAUAAUAGGCGCUUAUAAUUAGUCUUUAAAAUGAAGAAUUAUAUAUAUAUAAAUGACUGAAGGCAUUCUAACACCAUUAAAUGCUACAUUUAUUCAAUGGGACGUGUUUAUGUGGCAGCUAUUUAAAUUUGCACAUUAAUAAUAUUUGCAAAUGAAGGUGUCUGCUAGGACAAGUCGCGUUUCCAUGAAUAGUUUUCAUGGUUUGUCUGACUCGGAUAAGAUUAGUGUGUAGAUUCUUGCAACUGUAACUUAAAGCACAUGUUUACAUAUGUCAGGUUAGACUUUUGAAGGUGACGAUUGGAAAUAUGAAUGUUUUUAGUGAUAAUAAAAAUACAAAACUAAUUUUUUACCGUCAAGAUAAUUAGGUAAGGUUGAGCUCUGUUGAUUUUUAUGAUAUCAUUAUAUUUUCUAAGGAUUUUAAUUACAAAAAGGCAUAGCAUACUUGUAAAGGUUGUGAACGUAGUUGUGAAUUAACAUGAUAUUUAAACGAAAAUCAUUUUUUUUUAUGAAACGAUUCGACUUCACAUAAUAUAAAAAUUUCAUUCAAUCUACUACCUAAACAAAAUAAUUAGAUAUCACAAUACUAAAAUGCAUUAAUUGUAAAACACCACCAAAUUGAAAAGACACCGUUGUUAGUAUUGUCUUAUCUGUUAAGACUGUCUACUUAUUUUGGUCGGGUAUUGUUUUGAGCAGUGUGACAGUUAUUGGAUAUAGAUUAUGAAAAGUUGGGUAUUGUUAAUAACUAAAUAUCCGGAGUUUAAGUAUAAAAUGAUGUUUAUAAAUGUCUAUCGUGAAACAUAAUGCAGAUUUUUCGGCUAUUUGGUAUAUUUUUCGGAUAUUCGCAAAGCGAAAAAGAAUUCUAUAACUGUUUAAGAGACUAAUGUAUGAACUUGAUUAUUUGUACGACAUUUUAUACGUGAUUUUGUUCCCAAUAUUUUUUUUCUCAUGUAGUAAGGAGAAAUACCGCACACGGUGAAACAUAGCCUUAAGUGCAUACUUUAAGAGUGACUAUAAACUAUGGAACAGAAAUGAAUAUAAAGGUUAUUCCUCUAA